AUGGACUAUCAGAAUAGAGCUGGGUCCAAAAAGGGCGCAGGUGGGAUUGCAUCUGAUGCCCAACAGAACUUAAAUCGUAGAAAGCAAGUAGAUGAGCUACUACGAGGCGAUGAAGAAGUCCCUUACACAUUCCAAGACAUAUCAGAAGAUAAAGAGGAGGCAAAUGGUGUUCGAAACCCCUACAUCUAUAAGAACCAUUCCGGUAAAUUAAUUUGUAAGUUAUGUAACACGAUGCAUAUGUCAUGGUCAAGUGUUGAAAGACAUCUAGGUGGAAAGAAACAUGGACUUAAUCUACUAAGAAGAAGCGGGACUAACACUAGCGUUGAUGACAAUUUUGUUUCUGAACAAGAAAAGGAAUUUCAAGCCCAAGUAGAUGAGUUGAGAGCACAGAUAAAGCAUAAUGGUGUGGUACCAGAAUGUCGCGUGAUUAAGGUAAGACAUCCCGUUAAUGGAAAUAUAGGUAUUGCUGUUAGAGUAGAUUACAACACACCAAGUACCAUUCUAACAGAUAAACAAGAGCCUUAUCUACGAAUUGUUUCUGGGGUCGAACUUCCUGGUACAGACAAUGACGAUAAAAAGUACCUAAUAGUUGCAUUUGAACCUUUUGAAAAUAUUGCAAUUGAAAUACCGAACAAAGACAUAGAAUUAAAUGAGGUGCAGGGAAGACGACUUGCUGUUGAUGAAAUAAAUAGGAGGGGCACAUACUGGGAUACAGAUGAAAAAGCCUAUUAUAUCCAGUUGUUUUUUGUAUCAUCUUAA